CCAUACACGAGUGAAGUUGACUCAUCGCCGUUUAAUAACUGACAUCACUGGGGAGACGCCUCAGAAGCCAGACUUUGAAAAACACGGUGCAAUCUGUAAAAGCUCACUGUCACAGGCUGAGCUUGGGAGUUGGAGUCUUCCCUCUCCAUCGUCAAACACUUGUAGUUUGAAGAAGUUUCGUGUGAGACAAGUACAGACAGACCUUUUAUCGUGAUGCUUGUGCUUCUGGGAUUCAUUCUUGUCUUUCACCUAGCCACAGCUGCCUUGCUGUUCAUUGCCACAAUAAAAAAUGCCUGGUGGCAAAAUGAUUUGAUCAGCACCGAUAUAUGGACGACUUGCUUUUCGAACAAUUCUGUUUGUUUGAGUGAAUUUGUUGAGAAAUAUGGAGAGUGCAUCCAGGCAAUACAGGCGACCAUGUGUCUGUCAGUGAUCUUUUGCUGCAUUUCCUUCAUUGUGUUUGUUGUUCAACUGUUCCGACUAGAGAAGGGACAGAGGUUUUACAUUGCUGGAACCCUGCAACUGCUUUCUAGUCUCUGUGUAAUGAUUGCAGCCUCCAUUUAUACAAACCAGCAAGGAACCUUCCAUGCUGAUUUGACCUCAAAUCCAGGAAAUUACGGAUACUCUUACAUUCUAGCUUGGAUUGCUUUUGCGUUCACUCUGAUCAGCGGUGUGAUGUAUAUUGUUUUACGGAAACGUAAAUAAGAGGUUUACCUUGUUCUGAAUCCUCCUGAAUACAUCACUGCAGAAAUGACUUCUGGAUGAUAGCAUCAGUCCCUUGCAAACAAAGCCCCAUCUGUACAGUGACUGUCAGAUUAAGGAAACCCCAAAUCAUAGUUAAUUCCACACUUUCGAACCCUUAUUAAUUGCAAAUUCUCAACCUGUUUGCCACAGUAUUUACAAAAAUCAAAAUCUACAUUUGUCAACAACAAGGUACAGCUGCAAGUUUUCUUUUGUCAGUAAUGAGCAGUUUUUGCAUUAUUAUCCUAUGUUCAUUCAUCUUGUUUGUUCAUGUUCAUAGAGCAGCUGAUUUAAGCACUUCAGUCUCCACAAACUAGCUAGUUUAGUUUUUAAAUUGGUGAUUUUUUUUUUUAAAAACCCUGUCUCGAAUUCAGCCUUUCCCAAAGUCAGUCUGUUUUUAAUCUAUGAUCCCACUUAGUUCUCAAAAACGUAACAUUUUUCACAUAUAAACUCUUUAAAACGAUAUGUCACAAAAUGAAUUAAGUUAUCCUGAAAAGUGUCGCCAAGACGGAAUAUGAUCCUUUUCAGAGGUACAUUAUUGCUUUUUUUAUAAACCCAAGAGCUGUACCAUAUGGUAUCCACUGGGACAGUGUAUUUUCUUCAAUGUUGCAUUAAAUGUGUAAAAACAUAGCAGUUUUGUAAAAAAAAAUUCAAAAGAAACAUCUGAUACUUUUUUGUACAGUUAGUGAAUUAUGUGGAUUUGGUUCCUUUAAAAAAAAAUUCAAACAAAAAUAAUUUUGAAAACUACGAUGUUUAAAAAAAAUUGAAGGAAUGUUUGUUCAUUCAUAGAAGCUCAUAAACAGCACAGUGCCAAACCUACAUAUGUCAGGAGCAGCAUAUUUACCAUCUCAUCAAACUGGAUCUAAUAAUAUGUGCCUACAUUUAGAUAGUGACAUUGUGUUGUUUAAAAAACAAUACACUGCAUACAAUACGAUUCAAAUAUGAUCUAAUUUUUGGAUUAGACUAAAUCAUUCAGAUUUUAAUUUUCUUCCACCCAAGAAUCAAAAGUUAAACCAUUAUCCCCCAAGAACUAUUCAAUUUGCCUUUUUGCUCUUGAAUCUGGACAAUAUUUAAAAUCUAAAACAAAUGCUUCGGAGUCUACAAUGUUGAAAACCGAAUAAAAUUGAUGUCUGGGUCUGUUUGUACUUUUUUAUUCACUAAUAUAAUACAAGCCAUCUGCUGCAGUGUAAAUUGCUGGAAACAGGCAUUUGCUAUUCUGAGUACUAUUUCAUUCUGAAACAGAACAAUUGAUUUAAAAACUUGUCUUCAGAUCAAACUUUUGGUUUUGAUGUAAGUAGGUGCCUCUUUUUUUUUGUUGCCAAUAAGCAUGAUUGGAACUCUUUGUGACCCAGCCCUUCUGCAAUUCAUGGCACCAGACUAAUUAAGAAAAUCAUCAUGUUUCUGAUGUGCAGAUGUGGUUGAUAAUCUGAGCGUCUCCUGCUCUUUGAGCUUGACAUGAAACUUUUUAAAGUUUUAUUUUUAUGUAUUAACCUACUGAAAAAUGUCUCCAGCCUCACAUGAUUCUGUUAUGGAUUUUCUGCCACUGAAAUAAACUUCUGCAUUCUACACUUCAGUAAUCAGACUACUUCAAAGCCAUGGACUCUUAUGGCACAGUGAUAGUGUCCCUAGCUCUAUACCAGAAGAUCAGGUUCAAAUCUGACCUGCCUAAGGGUGCCAAAAUGUAUGGAGCAGGUUCAUUGAAAGUAACUACUGCAAGGCCAUCAAUGCAAAUGAAGUACUUUAAACUGAACUAAACUCUCUCAUCAUGACUUUUCCCCUACUUUAAAGCUAAAAGCUAUUUCCAGAAACUAAAUGAUAUGCUCUUGACAUGAGAAAAUUCUGUCUUGACGUUUAUGGGAAACAGAAGAUACUGCUGUUAAGGAAUACUCAAAUUCAGCAUUUGUGAGUUUGUCAAGUUGGUGUUAUUUGUUUUUGUACCCUGACUAUCAGAAGAACAUUAGAUUACAAAGAUUCUUAAAUCUAAGUGAUAGAACAAGGUUCACCAUUUGAGUGCUCGCAAGAUGUUGACCUCUUAUCCCUGUACCUGUUUGCUAAUUGGAGAGCAAGCAUCAAUGUAAUCGAAAAUAACAAUUGCACUGAAACUUAGCAAUCAACCUCCUGACAAAGGAGUUUUUCAUCUUUCUCAAAAAAAAUUCUAGCCCAGAAGUGUUUUUUACUUCCAGAUAACAAGUUUUAAAUUUUAUAAAACAAACCCUAAUAGCUCAAGUGUAGGAAAUGCCACUACAGGUUCCGCAUUAAGAACUGUGACUACCAUUGCAGUGCUCUAGAAUGGGGCUGGAACAUAUGCUAGUGGCUUCUAGUGGCAGCAGGAUGGUACUGUCAAAUGGCUUGUUAAUGUUUUAAGUUUUUUUCUCCUUUCUUUUCUUAAAUCCUAGAGCCUAGUGAAAUAUGGUUUUGUAUUGUUUUGCAAGUGUAGCUCUAUUGAUACUACAGCAAGCAACUUUCUUUCAUUAUGAAAUGUUGGGGUUACAUCUUUUUCAGUGGUCUAUGGAUACAAGGAAAUAGAUAAAUUGUUUACUGUUGUACAGUUACAUAAGAUUAGGGAGGGUAUCGCAGGCUUUCAUAAAUGAGGAUCAAAUAUUAAGUCCCAUCUUGUGAGUGGAUUCCAAUCCAUGAGCAAUGAAAUAAAAGAAGUGUUAACUUGCUAAUCAUUUGUUAUUUAAAGAAAUGUAUACAUCUCCAAACAGAAUUUGCAAGUUCUACUUGUACAAGAUCUUUAUUCAGACGCUGUAGCUUCAGAGCUUAAUAUCCACAAAUGAUAAUAUGCCCACUGAUUGCGAAGUUAGCAUUUUCUCUAAUAUAGUAUCUUGAGGUAUUGUUUUUAUAACCAAUAUGUAUUUAUUGCAUGCAAACUCAUUGUUAAUGCUUUUACUCUAAUAGCAUUGUACACAGUUAAACAAAUUAUAAAACUCAAAUGCCCAGUAGAAAUUUGCAUUUCAAAAUAUUCAUUCGAUACAUUGUGUAUAAUAAAUAUAGUUUAUCUAAUACAUUGACAUAUAGGCUGUUGUCCUUUUCCUGCCUAAAUUAUCAGCCACAGAUGGGGGUCAAAACCUUUGAGAUUAGAGAACGUUAUUCUAAACAGAUUUGUGCAUUUUCAGUCAUGUUGGAUUGUAAGGAACACAAUGCAUGUAUUUUGAGUUUUAACAUUUGGCCAUUACUCGAGUCAAAUUAAUUGCUGCCAUUUAGUGACAACAUGAGUUAUUGUUCAUUUGUUCGCCACACAUUUGAAUCUCCCUCCACAAAUAGUUUAACAGUGGGUUUAUGAUUUGAAAUCUGAACUAAUUUCUGAUAAUAGGCAUAUUUGUUUAUUUCUACUGUAACAAAGAUUCCAGUAUAAAGACUAGCUGAAAUAUAGACUUCCAGUGCAACUGUCCUUAAGUAAAUCUAUGGUUAUCCAGGAUCCUACUGUAUGCUACAGAAAUCUAAAUUCCUAUUCAAAACUGUUUGGGGAUUUCUUCUUUUGGAUGAAAUCUGCAGUAUUGCUUAGUAUUUAGUCCUUUUAAAGACAUUUAGAAAAGAUUGUAAACUCUUCCCCAAUUACGUACACGUUUUAUUGAAAGCUAAGCCCCUUAAAACUACUUGGACUCUUUCUCCUGGUAUUUUUUUGUUUUGAUCUCAUGAUUCAACAUAUUUUUAAUAAAGGCUGUGUUUGUAAUGAAAGCUAAAACUAAGAAAUGGUUAUUAAUUCUGUAUUUUGUAUGUAAUAAAGUAUCCACUUAGUAAAUCA